AUGGCUCGGCUGGUAACUUUGGCAAGGGACAUAUCACCUCCGCCUGUGAGAAGAGCAUCGACAACUGCAGCACGCACGCUCGAUGUUCAGGAGGAACGGGAACAGGAACAAGACAGCUCUGAUGUCAAGGACAAGUCGGAGACGGCAAAGAUCGAGGCGCACGAGCUGCAUAUUCGUGACCACCUCUCGUACUUUGUCAAUCACCUUUCAUCUGUCUCAAGGCCCACCGAUGGUCCUCGCAUAUCUAUAGAUGCCUUUCGAGACCUAUACCAGAGAAACCAGCAUAGUCACGGCGCACAUUUUGUUGUCCAUCAACAUGAUCACCCCGUCGCUGGCGUACAUUACGACCUGCGACUCCAGUUUUCCGAAACCUCUACCAUUAGCUUUGCCGUGCCGUAUGGCUUGCCAGGGAAUCCGAAUUCGAAGCGGCCGAACCGGAUGGCGAUAGAGACACGCGUGCACAAUCUAUGGAAUAAUUUAAUAGAAUCUGCAUCUCAUGCAACAGGCUCCCUUCUCAUAUGGGAUACCGGUCAAUACGAAGUCCUUCCGCGCGCGCGACCCAAGCUACAGCCAAAUACAGAUGAUGAGAUGACUGAUGACGAAGAAAGUGCAAACGAGGCCUCGCAAAGCCAAAACUUGUUCGAUGCUUUCCAAGCAAGACACAUUAGACUUCGACUUCAUGGUACGAGGCUUCCAAAGGAUUACACAAUUGCACUACGCUUACCAUCCGCGAAUAAUAAGGCUGGGCAUGCCAAGAGGCCAAAGCGCAAACGGCGCCGUCUCGAUCCUGCCAAGACUGUUCAGACUGCUACUGUAACCAGCAGCGAAGGCGAGUCUGAUACAGAAGGGGUCAGCUCUGCGAGCCGCGAGCACAUACCCGAUGCAAUUGACAUCGAGGCUGGAAACGCAUCGGAAGACGAUGAGAAUGAAGUCAUUCGCGCGAAUAAUGCUUACACUGGGGCUAACAACACCAUUGGAUCUAUCCAUCAGCGGCACUGGUUCCUGACUCUCGACCGGUCGAACUCAGGCUUCACCAAACCUCGGAGCGGACCGGACGCCGGUCGGUGGAUUGGAAGAGAUGCUUUCUUUGUGAGAGGCCGCGACCACGAGCGUUCUGUUGUCACCGGAAGACUGGCGGACGACGUUAUGGCUGAUGAAGGUGUAGAGAAGUUUAUGGGCAGGAAAAUGUGGAGGCCUAUUAUGGAGUGA